AUGAAGGCGGGCCAGCGUGUUCAGUUUUCUCUGACCAAACCGCGCGUGGAGAAGGUGAUCGUGUGCCUGGGGUUCGGCGAAGGUUUGGACGCCCACGAGAGCCGCGGCGCUAUUGCCACACGCGUUUCGCAGCGCCUGCUGUUGCAAUGCCGUCCCUCUCCGAGUGAUAUACACAACCCGGAUACCACACGGGCGCAUGCACGCGAUCGGCAGGGGCGUGCCCGAAACUUUUACGAGGCUCACACGAUGCAGGCGCGACGUGGCCGGCGUGGCCGCACCGAAACCCUCCGCAGCCCACAGACAUGGGACUCGAGUCGGGUGGUGGACUAUAUGGGGGUCUGGUGCGACCGAUUGUUGCUUGGUGACGCCCGUCAUCCUGCGCGCUGCGCACUUCUCGAGCCGCAUGUGCCCGAAGCGAUGUGGGGUGAGGCGGUUGCUCGCGUUGCCCAGUCCCAUCGCCAUCUGCGCUCCGAGGAUGUUCUUGUUGUAUCAGCAUGGGAGGCACUGCCGUUCGGUGUCGUGCGCUUGUGCACAGAUGCUGCGGAAUCAGGGAACGCAAGUCCGCCGGCAUCUAACCUCGCCAUGCCUGGCAUCGCCACCUCGGACGCGCUGCGGCUGUUUACACGCUCGACCAGCGGACCUUCUCGUCUGCACAUUGGCAUCGGCUCUGAGCACGGCAUCUGCGCGCCCUUUGUGCAGCACGAGGCUCCACAUGUGCAGCGUUUCUUAGUGCCACUGUGCAGUUUUGUGGCAGCCCUCUGGAGCGUGAAUCCCGUGAAGGCGUCCGAUUACGUCGCCUCCGUCACGGCUACACCGGAAGCGUUGACGGAGGGCACAGCAAACAUGCGCCUUUGGCGCACAAUGCAACACGCCAUGCUCUCCACCCGGGAUUCUGCGGUCCUCAGCGCCUACUACAAGGACGAUGCUCUCGACGCGCGCCUCAGCCGAAACCACACGCGUUACCUUGCCGAUACUCUCCUUCGACGCCUCGCUGACGAGGACAACGCCGCUUGA